CUUUAUAGAAUUGGCUUGGCUUUAUUUUUAUUUUGUUGCACAUUGCAGCAGUUUUGGAUUGGAUAAUUGUUUAUUAAUUAAAUUUGAUUAAUUGAUUGACUUUAAUAAUAUUAUAUUUAUUUAAGUGUCUGUGGUAAAAUAUUAUGUUAAUCAAUUAAUUAAAGACCAAUAGACCGUGAUUAAAAAAUAAUUUUGCUAAGUCUUGUACGUUUCAGUGUAGUGAACGGCGAUUGUAAUAGCUUAUUAGUAAGAGCUAACAAUCGGUAUAACAAAAUAUUAAACAGCAUUCUAGUGCCUAAAAGCUAAAAUGACAACAGCUGCAAGACCAACAUUUGAUCCUGCUAGAGGAGGGCAAGGACGAGGAGAAAAAGAUUUAAGUGCUAUUUCUCGACAAUACUCCAGCCGUGACUUGCCUGGUCAUACAAAACUAAAAUACAGGGAGCAAGGUCAAGGUACGACAGAUGAACUUCGGUCCCGUGACUUCCGUAAAGAGUUAGAUGACAGAGAAAAAGAAAUUAAGACACCUGUCACUCGACGACUAACUGAACCUCCAGUAAAAAAAACAAAGGCUGAUCAAGUUCCAGCAGCUAGCUUAGAUGCUGAUGAUCCCCUGGAAGGAGAUUCAUCUGAUUCCGAUGACUCUGAUGAUGACACUGCCGCGUUGUUGGCAGAGCUAAAUAAAAUAAAGAAAGAACGUGCUUUGGAACAAGCAAAAAAGGAAGCAGAAAAGAAACAGGAAGAGGAGAGGAUAAGAAUGGAAAAUAUAUUAUCUGGAAAUCCACUGCUAAAUUAUUCAUCCGCAGCACAAAAAAAUGACUUAAAAGUAAAGAGGCGGUGGGAUGAUGAUGUUGUUUUCAAGAACUGUGCACGAUCUGAGCCAGAGAAGAAACCAAAUACCUUCAUUAACGACUCUCUGAGAUCCGAAUUUCACAAAAAGUUUAUGGAAAAGUAUGUCAAAUAGUGAAUUAAUUGUUCUAGUGUUGCAUUAUAAUAAAUAAGAAGAUAAGAAAAUAAAUACAUCCCUAAUUCAUCA